AUGAUCGCGAAUAUUCCUAAAUUCCAAUUUCCUGCUCCUGGACCAGAUCUACCGUCUUGGCCAGCAUUCACCAAUGAACCGUUCAAACCCGGCAACAACCCGUCUGAUCACAUGAGGAUAUACCUGCAAUAUCUGCUUGACGACAGAGACAAUUACCCUGCCGAUGGCUUUGGACCAGGGACCGCUCCCGUUCAGAUACACGACAUCAUAGAUCCGCUUUUCAUCGGGUCGAAUCCGGAGUCCGAUACUACAUGGACAGAUUAUAUCCAUUCCGUACAGAUAUAUUGUUUGGUGUGCCCUCCUUUGGAGAGCGGCGGCAAAAGAGGAGAAACAGACGAUUUAGGCUGGCCCUUCUGCGGCGGCGACAUCCAAGCCAUCCAAUCGACGUCUCCGGCAUCCGAUGAGAUAACUGGCUGGACUCCACAAGGUCAAGUUGAUCAAGGACUUGUAGUGCCAAAACCGAGUGACGGAUGGGAGAACACAAGUUUGGCAUGUACACUUGGCAUGUACAUGACUUUCGACGUAAUUGACGCGACAGUCCCGCUCUACAUGAAUCGUCCGAGUGUUAGGAGCCAAUUGUUCGUUGUGUCUAGCACACCACGAGACGGCGCAUCGGACUUUGGUGUGCUGAUGCCAUACCGAUACAGCGCGUACUGUACCCAUGGCACACAAAACGGGACUGCCUGCAAUGAAGCAGAGCCUCCUUACUCGACAAGCACUUAUGAUUCUGCACCUACAUCAACCCAGGACACGUGGGAUACGUUGUUCCCCACUUCUAUCUAUCCAGCUCCAGCUCGAAACUCCAUCGAUGUCUGUGUUCCAUCGAGGUUCAACAGCUGUCGGAAAGAUGGAUGGUAUGGAUGGCCGAUUGGGCAGCGCGUUGGAGUUAUCAUUGGCGUGGUAGUCGGUGUCAUCGUUAUCAUACUACUAUUGCGCCGUAUCCCACCGUCCGUGUGGUCUCAUAGGCGAGAGAAGGCAAGACCGCUACUCUUGAGCGAGUUACGCAGCCAACAGGCUACGGAAGAGGGAGCUGCAGCUGAGCGACGUUAUGUUGGAAGGACACGUGGGGAACACGCAAGUACUUCAAGAGGCAACGGAGACGCAGUAGAACAACCCGUAGAAGAUGUGCCCCCAACAUACAAAGAAGCGACGAAGGAUCGUAGGCGUGGUUCAGGUGUAGGUCGUCCGCGAAUGAACGAACAUAUAUCCACAGGAUGGCCACCAAUGUACGCAGACGCUGUACAACAACCUGCACCCGUUGCAAACACUCCACUGCGAGUUCCCUAUCCGAGCCUUCCCGCGUCCCCACCAAGAAGAUAA